CGAGGCUAGUGUGCGCAUGACUACAGACUAGACAUACAAGGUGCUAUAAUUAUCCUAAUGGUGUUGUACUGCAUUUGGCACAGCAUGAGCAAGGUAACGAAGUCCUCCUCUAACAAUGGCAGUGCGACUUGUCUCACACCUACCAAAUCCUUGGUCCGGGGGGUCACCAAACAAGAAUUUAAUGAUUUCUGCGAAGGGGAUGAAGAUCCGAUGCUAAAGUUCCUCGCCGAAGAGCUGCAAGCUAGACAAGCGUGCAAUAUAAAUAACACAUCACUGACAGUGAUCAACGAAAUACAAGAAGAGAUUAUAUAUCAGAAUACAUUUCGCAUCGAGCCUUCGUAUGAGUUUUUACCUGAUCAAGUUUCCAAUAUUAUCAAAAUCACUCUUACCGAGAAGUUGAAAGGAUUAGACUAUGAUCCAACGUUAUGUCCAACGUUAGCUUGUGAUCUGAGUGAGUCGAUUAAAGAAAUAGUCAAGAAGAGAACGAAUUUUCCGAGGCACAAGUUGGUUUCGUUUGUGGUUAUCGGAGAGAGGUGUGACCAAGGAGCAAUCAUGGGAAGCAGAUGUGUGUGGAAUGUUAAGUUUGAUGGAUAUGCAAGCUCCAGUUAUCAGAAUGACACUUUGUUUGCAGUGGGAGUUCUCUAUGCUGUGUACUUGGAGUGACACGUGAUUCAACCGUGUACUGUGUGUAGCUAUAGACCACUCUACUUAGU